AUGGCUGACAUUAGUAAAUCGCUUGAUGACAAUGUUGUCAUUUCACGUCGUACGUUGAACACAUUUGGUGGCGUGUUUUGCUCUGUAACGUUAUCCCAGUUCAGUAGCGUGAUAUUUCUACGUUUAGGGUUUAUUAUUGCUCAUGCUGGUUUGCUGGAAAGUAUAUUACAACUAUUACUAUCCUAUUUCAUCCUGUUGCUGACUGUAUUUUCUAUAUGCGCAAUUAGUACAAAUGGGGCAGUUGAAGGAGGAGGUGUAUAUUGUAUCCUUUUCUAUUGUAAUUAG